GAAUAAUUAUCUAAUUGCACUUGGUAAAAUUAUAAAAAACUGUCAGUUAUAAUGGAACCAAAUGAAAUAGGAGAUGUUAACAUGGAGAUAACACCAAACGAAGAAGAAAAGGAAUUUGGCGAGCCAGCGUGUAAGAAGCGAAAGUUAUCCGAGUGUCCGUUUAAAAAUAAUUUACAAAAGAAGAAUAAUGAUAGACAAAAACAAGAACAAGAAAAUGAAAAAUUGUCAAGCUCGGAAAUUGAGGAAACUUUUAAUGAUGAUUUAAGACAGUUUGAUGUUCUUGAUGAUCUUGAUCAUCACUCGGAUCAAGAUGACUCGGGAAGUGAUUCUGACAGUAUUUACAGUGUUGAUUCUGAUAUUCCUGAUGAGGAAGUUCAUGCCAUGUUAGAAGAAGGUCUGUCGGAAAAAUUAAAAAAUAAGCGAAAAAAUCUAGAUGAUUGUAUGCCUUAUGAAGAAAAAGAGAAGCUAGUUUUACAAGAAAUCGGGCAUAAUCACUUUGACGCCUUGCCUGAGGGCUGGGUCCAGGUUACACAUAACAGCGGAAUGCCUCUGUACCUACACAAGCAGUCCAGAGUGUGUACCCUGGCGAAGCCUUACUUCCUGGGCCCAGGAAGUGUUCGCAAGCAUGAAGUCCCGGUUAGCGCAGUUCCUUGUUUGCAGUACAGACGCGCGCUCGAGGAGGAGAAUGAAGAAAAGAGAAAAGAAACUGAACGCGAGUCAAGCGGAAUUGGAGCCUCCAAUCUGCCCAGUGCUAGAAUUGAGACGAUUCAAGAAAAUUUGGCCAACCAUUCGCUUGACAGUGAGCGGUUGAGGAAUUACUGUCAGAAGAUUUUUAGAUUUAAAAAAAUCAAGGUCAUGAGAUUCCAAUCAUGGUCAGCACGCCGCAAAUUUACUAAGAACAAGAAGAACCGUAAGCAACUGGAGCGUCCAACCUUGCCUGGAGGAACUAAAUUGAUAACAUUCCCUAUCGGAACUGGCACCGGAUCCGGAAGCGGAAGUUCUGGAGCUGGAGAUGACAGCUCCAACCAACGACCACCCAAGCACUGGAUAAUGAACCCUUCGGGCAAGAGUUUCGUCUGUAUUUUGCACGAAUACGUCCAGCAUGCUUUAAAAAAACAACCAACUUAUAAAUUCAAGGAAUUAGAAAACGCAGCUACGCCCUACUCCGCAAUUGUCUGUAUCAAUGACAUGGAGUACGGAGUUGGGUUUGGCAGCAGCAAGAAGCAAGCCAAGGCCGAUGCAGCGCGCAAAACCUUGGAAAUUUUGAUCCCUCAAAUGCGCGACAAAAUUUUGGGAGAAAUGGCCACGGACAGCUCGACUAAUGCUGAGAGAAUUAAAGCCUCGCGGGGUGAUACUGAUGCUGACUUGUCGUUCUUUGAUGACAUUUCUAUUACUGAUCCUCGAGUGGCUGAAUUUUGUGCCAAGACUACUGAACCCUCGCCUCAUGCUAUUUUAGUUACUUGCUUACAGAGGAAUUUUGGGCUUGGUGAUGUUCAAAUUAAUUACUCGGUUAAUACGUUAAAGCAUCAGCAAAAUGAAUUUACUAUGCGAGUUGGUAAACAUGAAGCUAAAGUUGUUUGCAGAAAUAAAAAAGAAGGCAAGCAACAAGCGGCCCAGGCGAUUUUAAAACUCCUCCAUCCAAGUAUUCCCAGUUGGGGAUCUCUGCUCCGUUUGUACGGAUCGCGCAGCGUCAAGUCUUUCAAGGAGAAAAAACAACAGGAGCAAGAGAUUACUUUGCUCCAAGGAAAGGCUGCUGUUAACCAGCCAAAUCAUGCUAUUCUGAACAAACUUCGCCAUGAAAUGAAAAAAUUAUCCGAGCAACGACAAGCUGUUCAACCAAUCGGUAAAUUUAUAUCCUCAGACCUUCCGAGCGGGUCUGCUGCCAAUUUAAACAACGUUAAUUUAUAGUCUGCUGAUACUUAUACUUUUCUGUGAUAUGUUAAAAAAAUUCUGUUUAAAUCAAAUCAUGUAUCAGUCCAUUUUUUAUAAAAAUUUUAUUGCUUUUUGUAAUUAAGUAAUAAAGUGUUUUUGAGAA